AAUUUUGUGUUAGUGGGAAAAAUGUAGGAUUAACACAACACAAAACAGAGCAGUUCUUGGGAGUGGGAGGUCUAAUCUAAUCUAUUCUUCUUCCUACCUCUUUCCAAACUGCAGCCCCUCAACGACUCAGCCCAGAAACAAAUCUUGCGAGUUUUGGAAGUAAAUAUCGCGCACGCAAGAAUUGACAGAGAAGAAGAGGAGAAAGAAGCAUAAGCAAUGAGUAGAAUCACGAGUCGCACCUCUUUGCGAUUCUUCUCCUGCCUUUUAUCUUCAUUUGCUCUUCUGCUAAUUCCAGGAUUGGCUGACAACUUAUCCACAUCAAGUUCUUCCAACGAGAACAAAGCUGCAAGUAAGAAGUCAUCUAGAAGUUCCACUGGGUUGGAAAUCCUUAUUAUAUGCCUUGGGCUUUUAGCCGUGGGUGCAUUCUCUGUGUUCCUGUUCAAGCUGUGGCAAAGAAAGAAGAGAGAAGAGCAACACGCACGCCUUCUAAAGCUCUUUGAACAAGAUGAUGAACUGGAGGUUGAACUUGGGAUUCGGGAUUGAGAUUGGAUAUGGCUUCUCUGUUGACUGAGAUAUAAACGAGACGGAGGUGGGGUGCCACUCUUGACACUCCUUUUCUAUACAUGAUCUAAGAUUGUAUCUUCUCCUCCUUUAGGUUAUUUCCAAAGAAUCACCUUGUUUAUAUAUAUAGUCUUCAUUUAGACAUUAGUAUGCAGUAAUUUGUUGGGUCCCCUGUGGUAAUAUUUGAAGUUGAACCAAAUUACUCAGAAAUGUUGCAUUUUUGGUGAAUUCUCUUGGGUUUUUGUUCUCUUGCGCAGGCAUAUUAGGAGAAUGUUGUACGAGAAUAAGAAGCUUUGUGUCUGCUGCUCUGCCAUAACACAAACUAAACAUAGUUUCUUGUAAACUGCAACAUUUGUUAUAUGGA